UCCUUCGUGAUGGCAUCUCCACUAAAAGCUCUCGGGCGUCAAAGCAAGCGGCGCUGGCUGCGUGCGCGUUCACGUCAAGCGCCGUCUUCCCUCUGACGUCACCGCCUCCUGAUCAGCCGAAAUCCCUGAUAACGCGGCGCGCGCUCCCGCUCGGCUCUGAAUGGGGGCUCGGUCCAGCCGGUGACAGCUCGUCCAGUCCGUCUGAUCCACGGUCCGCCGCUCCGACACCACCGGCCGUCCUCGGGCCCCGCUCCUCCGGUUCUACACAGGUAUUCAGGAAUGAGAAAUGAUGGCCGGCUCUGCAGCAGAGGAGAAAACCUUCCGCCGGUUCCUGGAGCUGUUUGUCCGGGAGAUGAGGCUGCCUCUGCAGGAGGGCGACCCGGUGCCGAUGCGCCCCUUGUCGGACCUGGUGACGGAGGACGAGAUGGAGGGGGAAUGCCUGGACCUGUGCCUGCAGCACCUCUACAAAUAUAACUGCCCCUGCUCGCUGGCGGCCGCCCUGGCCCGCGCCACCGCAGACAGCCUGCUCCAGUCUGAUCUGUCCAUCCAGAACCUCAACAAGGCCGUAGAAGACGGUGCCGACCCGUUGCCACAGAUGGAGUCGGUGAAGAUGGCGCGGUUGGUGUUUAACAGACUGUUUGAGAUUUGCUGCCUGUGGCAGAAGGAGCUGCCGUUCCGCCGCCGCCCGCAGCCGUACUACGAAACGUCCAUCCACGCCAUCAAGAACAUGAGGCGCAAGAUGGAGGACAAGCACGUCAUCAUCCCCGACUUCAAUACACUCUUCAACAUUCAGGAUCAAGAGGAACAGGCGUUCUUUGCUGUGUUUGACGGACACGGCGGCGUGGACGCUGCUAUUUAUGCUGCCAACCACCUUCAUGUCAACCUGUUCCACCAGGAAUCCUUCAGCCAGGAUCCCAGCGACGCUCUGUGCCGCGCCUUCAAGCUGACGGACGAGCGCUUUGUGAAGAAAGCCUCACGAGAGCACCUGCGCUGUGGAACCACCGGGGUGGUGACGUUCCUGCGAGGCCGGACGCUGCAUGUCGCCUGGCUGGGAGACUCCCAGGUGAUCCUGGUGCGGAGAGGGCAGGUGGUGGAGCUGAUGAAGCCACACAAACCAGACAGAGAGGACGAGAAGCAGAGGAUCGAGGCUUUGGGAGGAUGUGUGAUUUGGUUUGGCACAUGGAGGGUCAACGGGAGUCUGUCUGUUUCCAGAGCAAUAGGUGACUCAGAGCACAAGCCGUACAUCUGUGGGGACGCCGACCACGGCAUCUUCCCAUUGGACGGUUCAGAGGAUUACCUGAUCCUGGCCUGCGACGGGUUCUGGGACACGGUGAGUCCCGACGAGGCGGUGCGCGUCGUCAGCGACCAUCUGCAGGAAAACUCCGGCGACACCACCAUGGUGGCCCACAAGCUGGUGGCCUCCGCCCGAGACGCAGGCUCCAGCGACAACAUAACUGUCAUAGUGGUGUUCCUGCGCGACCCCCGCUCCCCGCCGCCCGCCAGCGCGGAGGACGAAGAGGAGGGCGGGGCGGAGGAGCCGGUGGUGGAGGAGGAGGUCACUGAGGUGGAGGAGGAGGAGCAGGAAGAAGAGGAGGAAGAAGAUGAAGCCAUGAGAGUAGAGCGAGACGGAGGCGAGGGAGGCAGCGCCGCAGACGUGGGAGGAAAAAGCCGCGGCGGCUGGCCGCUGCAGCAGUGCUCGGCUCCAGCGGACCUCGCCUACGAAGACCGGACGGACUCAUUCACUGACAGAACCAGCCUCAGCUUGCUGGGGCCGUCGCUGGAGAGCCACAUCAGCCCCAACAGCUACCGGGGAGUGCGCCCUCUGAGACGCAGGCCGCGCUUCCCGUUCCAGCAGCCCGGAGCCGGCGGGUUCACGGACCCACUGUGGCCCCAAACGGCCGCGCUUUUAGGCCACGCCUCCAGGCGAAGCCGCAGCCGGGGUCACGUCAGCCGCCGAUGGGGUCGGCGGUGGCCGAGCAGAUCCAAAGAGCUGCUGGGUCUGAUACCGUCAGGCCACACGCAGAGUUACGCCCCCUGGAGGCCUGGAGUGGCAGUGCCUCACCUGCCCUAUGACACCACCAUCUGAAGGGAGGCGACGCCCUCUGCAGACUCCUAGUGGCGUUUCUGAGUGACAUUGUCUCUCAAGAGCAAACACUGAUUGGUCAGAUCCCACUGCAGAAAUUUGUCCAAAAAUGAUCAUCAUUAUUAAAAAGUUGAGCAACAAAAUGA